AUACCAAAUACAAAAACCCUCUCAUUCCGCUUCUGAGAAAUUUGCAUUUGCUAGGGUUUUGUAUCCGUUCCCACUUCUCAGUCGGCAGCUCUCUCUCUCUCUCUCUCUCUCUCUCUCUCUCUCUCUCCCUCCCGCUCUCUCAGCCGCCGUCGUUGAAAAUGUCGAAGAGAAGGCAAAGGGAGCCGAAGGAGGAGAAUGUGACCUUGGGUCCUGCUACCAGGGACGGAGAGCAAGUUUUUGGGGUUGCCCACAUUUUUGCCUCCUUUAACGACACCUUUAUUCAUGUGACUGAUCUAUCUGGACGAGAAACACUUGUUCGCAUUACUGGAGGCAUGAAAGUUAAGGCUGAUAGAGAUGAAUCAUCCCCAUAUGCAGCUAUGCUUGCAGCGCAAGAUAUUGCUCAAAGAUGCAAGGAACUUGGCAUCACUGCCCUUCAUAUUAAGCUCAGAGCCACUGGUGGUAACAAGACAAAGACUCCAGGCCCUGGUGCUCAGUCUGCUCUCCGUGCCCUUGCUCGUUCAGGAAUGAAGAUUGGUCGUAUAGAGGAUGUAACUCCAAUUCCUACUGAUAGCACUCGCCGGAAGGGUGGUAGACGUGGAAGAAGGCUGUAAGCUAGACUUCAUCACAUCAGCAGGGACCCUGAUUUUUCGUUGGACAUGGUAGUAUUGUAGCUUGAGGUGACAGAAUUUAGGUUGUAUGGAAAUGAGGGAUACUCAUUCCUGCCUUUUUGUUUCCGUGGUGAAAUUGGCCUGGCUGGUUCUCCUUUGAGUCUGUUGGUUGCUUAGAUCAUGGAUACUUCACCUGUUAAAAUGUAUUUGGUUUUUCAACUUAUUCGGUUGGCAAAGAUAUCAAGCUUUGAGACCUUUGCGUCGUGCUUUAAAAUUUAA